AUGACAAGCGUGGAACGGCCAUCACGGCAUCACAUCUACCCUAAGCGAUACUUCGACGCCUCGGCGACAUGGUUCGCAUGGAACAAACUCACCGCAAAGGACGUCCACGCAUUGAGGGAGGAGCCCGGAUUUGAGGGGCAAGAUAUCUACUUCUACCUGAAUCAACCCAUCCGCUUUGUACGUCUUGUUGGGCUGGUAGUACAGAUCGAUGUGGUCUCUGAAGGCAGAUACACUCUUCUCACCCUGGACGAUAGCAGCGGUGCCAACAUCGAAGUCAAGAUUGAGAAGCGAAGUCGUGUUGCCGGAGACGAGACCAUAUAUGCUACCAACACGUUGAUCGACAAUGUUGACGUCAAGGUCUACGUGGGAGGGUCAACCAUACUGGUCAACGGCAGACCACUCGAGCUAGGCACUGUUAUCGGAGCACAAGGUACUAUAACAUCGUUCCGGCAAAGCAGACAGCUGAGCCUGAAGAAGAUAUUCCGGGUUCAAGACACGAACCAAGAAGCAGCACAUUGGAUGAGAGCCGCGGACUGGAAAAAGGACAUUCUAUCUAAGCCGUGGGUGCUGUCACGACAGCAGCAGGAUGCGAUCGAUGAGCAGCUAAGGCAAGACGAGCUGAAAGAAGAAAAGAGGGAGAAGCUCAAGCGCAAAAAGCAAGCCAAGUAUGAUGAGAAGUAUCGUCAGAAGCAAGCUGCUAAAGAAGAGAAGAGGGAAGUCGUGGAGGCUAUGCUCAACAAGGGCGCUCUGCCAGGCAGUGAAGUUUUGCCCAGACCGUGGGACUAG